GUUCCCCUCUCCCGUUUCAAUAUGUUCGAUGCCACGUAGAGAAUCCAUGCUUGAUCAUGAACCUUCUUCCUCAACAUCAUCAAGUCGCAAUCUUUAGUCAACAGUCAGUCAUCUGCAUCUCGGAGGAACUCAAAUACAUUUCCGAGCCUCGUUUCUGAUGUAGCACUUGUGUCCAGCAACGCCAGCAGCCAUAUCUACCGAUAGUCGGUAUCUUGUGGUUUAUAAGUUUGUGAGAGCUGCUUCCAGUGAUGAAUAGUGAUAAAGUAUGUACACAUGAACAAGAGGAUUUAUACUGGACAACGGAUAAAAGGUUUUACGACAUGCGUCUAUAUAACUAGGUCAGAGAUAAGACCUAGCUACAAUGGAGUAUGGAUAGACCUAUCCUCACACAGCCUUCUCCUUCCCGAUAUACUGACCCCCGACCCCCGGGCACGUCCCGGUCCCCUCAGGACCCAGACCCACCCCCCAGGGAUAUAGCCUUCCUGGAGAGACAGGAUGAGUUGAGGAUAUACCAGCAGCUGGACCUGUUGGACGCUACCUUCCUGAAGACAAGUUUUGAGCGGUACAACACCUACACUAUAUGUACCGCUGACGACGAAGCAUGUUACUUCGCAAAGGAAUCAAGUGAGACAAAAUGGCGGAUCUGCUUCCAUCAGCGACCAAUGAGAGUGGAGGUUAAGGACAACUAUGGGAGCGUCGUGAUGCGAUUGGACAGGCCCUGGCGGUGCCGCGCGAGCUGGCUGUGUUGUUGUCACUUACAGGAAAUGUUCAUAGAACGGCCGCCAGGGGUCGUGUUGGCAACGGUCAAUGAGAACUGGACGUGUUGGCGGCCGGAGUUUGAUAUCUCUGUGUCUGGGCAGGGCGGCUUCCUGCUGAGAGGGGCGUGGUCGUCAUGUCGCUGUGCUUCACAUAACAAAUUUUAUGUUUACGACCGAUCAGGGGAGAAGGUAGCGGUUAUUUCUAAGACGUACGAGAACUGCACAGCGAGAUGUGCAUUCCUUAAUGAUUUCAAGAUCGAGUACCUGUCGUCGAUGUCAGCCCAGGACAAGAUGCUCAUCUUCGGGGCAGCGUUCCUAGUGGACUUCAACUACCUGGAACUUCGAGUGUGACCUCACUGACGCGUGAUCUUCAUACCACGUGACCACGCUGUGUUGGCUGAGCACCGACCUUCGCAUCAUCCAUAUAUAUAAUAUCAGGGCUGGAUGUGUUGCAAGAUAGUAAUAUGAAUAUGCAAUAGCGAUCAAACUAAUAUGUUAUAUAUUUAUAUAUACUGUUUAAACUUCAUUCUUUAUUAUGCAUUUUACAUACAAUAUGUAUAUUGUAACGCAAUUUGUAAAUAUCUAUGUAUUUAAGGCCCAUUUUACUAAAUUACUAAGGGGUAAUUAUUUAUUACAAUGUUGAUAUUUUCCCUUCUAUGUACAAUUCUUCAUUUUGUGCAAUUUAUCUUCAUUAUUAAUAUCCAGUACCGAGAUAAUGUACUAAGCUUCCAUCUGCGUUACAAAUAUGUUCUUUGUCCGACGACGCCGAAAACAAAACUACAAAACUGCAGCUAUCAUAAUGGAACUGUCGCUUGGGAACAAUUUGAUCAUAUUUGUAGUAUUUUUUCAGGUACAAAGAAACAAGAAACUGAAAAACCUUUUACACAUGUACACCGCACACAAUAAAUAUACCAAUGCCUUACAGAAAGCACUCAUGAGAAUAUGUUACAAACAUGAUGCAUUACAUUCAUUAUUCCUGGAUGAUAUCACAAUGUCGCACUUAACUACCCGGACUGCGCAGAAUCUCUGACCAGACCGUACGAAACCGUUUAAGAGCAGCAGGUCUACAAGCAAGACGUCCUGUUAGACGCGUCAAUCGACAACAUCGUCAACAACGACUGCAUUGGUAUC